AUGCCUGGUCUCACUGAUGCCGUCAACGGAACAUACCCAAACGGGGUAAAUGGAAAAGAUGUUCCCUCCGGUAUCGAGGAUAACAUUGCCAUCGAUGUCCCGGUGCUCGUUGUCGGCGGCGGACCAACCGGACUCCUCCUCGCCCAUCUGCUUUCCAAGCUUGGGGUCCGCUCACUACUCGUGGAAAAAUACCCAGAGAGAUUAGGGGCCCCGAAAGCUCACGCUCUCUCGCCAAGGAGCCUAGAGAUAUGUCGUCAAUUUGGACUCGACACCAAGGCGAUACGCAACUUGGGCACCAAGCGAGCGGACGCCUUCUGGGUCAACUUCGUGACGAACCUCAGUGGUGAGCGUAUUGGGAUCCUUCCAUACGAGCGCAUGGAUCCCGCUGUUCUCGAGUCUACGCCUGAGAUGAUUCACAACAUCCCGCAACCUAGCUUUGAGCAAUUCGUAGCCCAUGUACUAUCCAACGAUCCUCAAGUGGAGAUACGGAAGGGUGUUGCGUUCGUCUCAUGUACACAAAACGAAAACGAGGUCAUAACGACUGUCGAGGAGCGUGCUACAAGGAACCAGUUCCGCAUACGCUCGGAACAUGUCAUUGCUUGUGAUGGUGCAAGGAGCCAAGUCAGAUCACAGCUGGGUAUCGAGAGUGAAGGAGAGGAUUCCUAUGAGACUAUGAUGACCAUUCAUUUUAACGCCGACCUUCGUCCUGUAGUACAGGAUCGCGUCGGCAUGUUGCACUGGAUUAUGGAUCCUGCGGCAUCGGGGUUUAUCAUCGGCUAUGAUUUGUCCGGAAAUCAGGUCCUCAUAAGUAACUUCGAUUCGGAUAAACAUCCAGUCGACACCUGGACCGAGGGCCUAUGCCAUAAAGUAGUCACUGCUGCUAUCGGACGAGAGGUGCUGUUCGAUGUCCUUAGUUACAGACCAUGGAUUCUCAGUCGUAAGGUGGCGAAAAAAUAUCAUAGUGGCAACGUAUUCCUGGCGGGCGACGCAGCCCACUCAUUUCCGCCAACUGGUGGCUUGGGCCUCAAUUCCGGUAUCGCAGACGUUCACAACAUUGCUUACAAAAUCGCCGCUGUACACCAGGGCUGGGGGAGCAAAGCACUCUUGCAGUCAUACGGAUCGGAACGGAGACAGGUUGCAGAGAUCAACUCGAAGCAAAGCGUCAAGAACGGGAAGAAAAUAUUCUCCUUCCUGAAAACGCUCGGUGCAGCCGGGAUUGCCGAUGUAGAAGAGGCACGCAAGAACCUCUUCAAGUCUAUACGCGACCCGUCCAAAAAAAGCAUGAUAAGGGAUCAAGUAGAGGGGCAAAGGGAACACUUCGACAACCUGGAGCUCCAUAUCGGCAGUGUGUAUGGCAGCACAGAAACUCCUUCGCAUGCUUCACAUUACAAGCCGAAGUUCCAACAAGGCGCUCGGCUUCCCCACGCGUGGAUCAGCUUCCGCAAUCAGAACUCUGCCCCGCCAAUUCAACCUCUAGACGUCUCAUACGUGACGGAGUUUUCGCCAGAUGAGGUGCACGCCCGUCGAUUUUCGUCUCUGGAUCUUUGCGCACUCGACGGAUUCACCGUUGUUGUGGGAUCCCAUGAGGAAUGGGCUGCGCGGUUCGAUGCUCUUAAGGCGGCCACGGUGCAGUGGGCCAUCAAGCUCCGUCUCUAUGCUGCAGAUACGGAUUUCGAUUUCAUGUUCCACGAUCAUCGUGACCUCUUCGACGAUGGUGCGCAUCUGAGCACAGGAGGCGGGUUGCUGGUCAGGCCGGAUCAGCACAUCCUACUGGAACUUACAGCUGAUGUUUCAGUUGAGGAUCUGCAGGUUGCGUUGAGCCGGCAUCUGGGGUUGUAG